GAAACAGCGCCCAGCUCCACGCGCACGCUACACUCUCAGAGCGUGUGAUCAGUAGAUGUUCUGCAGACUCUUCACCCGGUCGAGGAUUUUCUUCUGCUGUCCACUUCCUCACCUCCAUUUCUGGAUGUAUUUUGACGGAAACACAAUCACCGCUCGGACAGAAGCCAGCUCCACUUUGAUGACCAGAACAUGGUGUUCACCUUUUGACCCCAUGUCCCGGAUGGAGGGCGAGCUCCUCCCACGGGUAAGCGGAAUCUAGCAAACGCCACUUUGAAUGGCUUGCCCAAUGCUGAACUCCUCCAUGUCGAUCGCAGCUGACGUCUGCGAGGGCCGCGAGAAGAAUGUUUCGUUUUUCUACGCAAUUCGGAACAAGAACAUUAGCGCAGACUGGAAGACGAGGGACUUCGUGGUGGUGGGGCUCGGCGUCCCCGUGUGCAUCCUCAUCCUCUUGGCCAACCUGCUGGUUAUGGUGGCCAUUAUCGUGAACCGCCGCUUCCACUUCCCCAUCUACUACCUGUUGGGCAACAUGGCGGCGGCAGACCUGUUCGCCGGCAUCUCCUACCUCAACCUCAUCUUCCACACAGGGCCAUGGACCAUCGGGCUCACGCAGAACCAGUGGCUCGUGCGAGGAGCGCUAAUCGAAAUGAGUCUCACGGCUUCGGUGGUCAACCUGCUGGCGGUGGCAUGGGAGAGACACCAAAGCAUCUUCACCAUGCAGCUGCACAGCACCAUGUCCAACCGGCGUGUGCUUAUGUUCAUCGUAGGGAUUUGGGUCAUAGCCAUCAUCAUGGGCCUCGUCCCCACCAUGGGCUGGAACUGCGUGUGCCACAUUGAAGGCUGCUCCACCGUCGCGCCGCUCUACUCCCGCAGCUUCCUGGUCUUCUGGGCUGUACUCAACCUUCUCACCUUUUCCAUCAUGGUGGCCAUUUACACACGGAUCUUCGUCUACGUGAGGCGGAAGAGCCAGAGCACGCUGCCGUACAUGCUGAACGUCCGGCAGAACGACACGCUCGUCGGGUUGAUGAAAACCGUCUCCAUGAUCCUGGGUGCCUUUGUGAUCUGCUGGACCCCCGGCCUGGUCAUCCUGCUGCUGGACGGUCUGAAGUGCACCAGCUGCCAGGUGCUGAAAUACGAGAAGUAUUGCCUGGUCCUGGCCGAGUGCAACUCCCUGGUGAACCCCAUCAUCUACUCUUGUCGAGAUGAGGACAUGAGGAACACGUUUAAGCGCAUCCUGUGCUUCCUGUUCAGGCGGGACAGGGAGCAGGAGGUCGAGCCGAAUACCAUCACCUCGGACACUUUGAAAUCAGAGAGGCUGCUGAUGGAGAAAUACUCCGAUAACUACAACCACAACCACAGAGAGCGCAGGUCUAUCUGAACUCUGGCCUCCUGUAAGUGUAAAAAAAAAAGUCACGACUGCGAAUCACGUUCAUGCCGAAAUGUAGCAGCUGUAGAUUUGACUGCGUUCUUGUUUCAUUUUUUACAUUUUUUUAUUUUUGAAGCUACAGCAGAUAAAGCGGGACAGUGCAGCGUGACGCUGCUACAAUCAGCGCUUCGUCCUUCAUGCAUCUGGGAUUUGCCCCAAAAGGUUGCAUGUCUUCUUGCGAUUAUAAAUUCACAGGUCGGCAAACUAGCAGCAACGUCUCGUCAAACCCCAGCAUCCGGAAGUCAAUAGAGCGAAAAAAUGAGUGCCAACAUGUAAGACUUUGUGGUUAUCCGUUGUUCAGCUUAAAACUGUUUCCACAAGGAACGUUUUUCUGUAA